AUGGAUCGCCUGGCCCCCGAGAUUAUAUGCAACAUCAUCUCUCGUCUCUAUGAUGAAGGAGAACCUCUUAGUCCAGAUAAUCGUAUCGCACCUCUAGCAGUCUUGUGCAGACAGUGGCAGCCUCUCGUUGAAGCACAAACAUUCCGACGCCUCCGACUUGAUGAGACCUUUCGCUUUCCAAUUAUAGGCAGUCCCCUGACACCGUUGAGACUUUCCUACAUCCGCAAACUGGUGUACAUAUUUCCACCCGGAAAUUUUGAUAUGUCAAUUCCAACUCCUUUCGACAAACGGCCCAAAACCGAUUUUACCAGCAUGAUUCUCCAAAUUCUGUUUUACCAGCUUGCAAAAAUACCGCUUAUCCAGGAACCACUGCUCAAUCUUGAGUUAGUCACCCCUGUCUUUGGCGAUUUCCUUCGCGGUUGCCCGCGUGACCUUGAUGUUGGGUUCACAUUGCCAGAUCUUCCGGAGUUGCCCAUGGCUAUGUUCUAUAUAGCUAGCAAAAUGCCACGGCUCAGAGAAUUCAGUGGUGUCUUGACUACCACAACCUCCUCGAUAUACCAGAGAAUCGAACUUGCUGAAUCACUCUCCAUGUUGCCCACGUCUAUACAUAACUUCGGGUUGAAAUAUCACCAGCGGCAUCUUCCAGACGGUCUUCUGACCAUGCAAGAUGGAGAAGACAUUCUCACACGCGAGCUCCGUCGCUUCAGUCAACGAGAAGGCCUAAAAGACUUUGCCUUUCAUGGCUGCGUAGAACCCUCAAUAUUUUGGCCACCAGCGUCGGAUGCAUCUGACCCACGACAUUGGCCAACUCUCAAGAGCUUUCUGUUGGGAAUGUACGACGUGCAAGGACUUACCUGUCUCCGCGCCAAUGAACCGCUCAGCAAUGCAGAGGAUAAAGAGCAUUGGGACCGAGUCUACGCUCACGGAGGGUUAAUGAAUGAGUUUUACCAAGCCGCUGCAAAAUGCUCAGCUUGCAUGCCCAAGGCAGAAUACAACUCCAUCGACUUCAACGACGACUGGGGUACGUCUCUUGCCUUUUGCACGGUUGACCCUGACGAUCCGUGUCUCACACUAAUUGGGAAGACGGACAUUGAAAUUGAGGAUGAAACUGUUCGCGAAUGGCGCAAGGCAGCCGAGGCUCGUAAUUUAGUGUUCAAGGUGCGUCUUGGAAAUGAUGACGAUGAGCAAUAUCAGGCCAUUGAUGCCUUUAAACCUGGGGAAGUAGUUGAAAAGGAAAAAAUGCGGGAAGAUGAAGUGGAGGAGUCGGACGGUGAUGAAAGUUCAGACGGUGGGCCAGAACAAGAAGCCAUUCGUCAGCGAAUCCUAGAACAAACAGAAGCCAGGGCCAUCGUAGCAGCAAACUUCUACCCUUUCCUCCCAUUUAACCCAUUAGGCGGAUAA